CAGAAGGAGCUCAUCCAAAUGUGUUUCACGAAUAACUUCGGCGGCUACAAAAAAGAUAUGCCCGAGAAGCUGCAGAGGUUCAUGACAUUGCUGGGUACUGAAAAGGAUGAAGACGAUGCCGGAGAGAAGGCGGCAAAGAAAAUCGCGGCGGAGUUGAAACUCAGACGAGAUGAUAUUCCCGAUUUCAGCGUGUUCAACGACACGGACAAUCGUCUCGGGCUUGCCCAAUUGAACCAGUAUCUGUUUUCUACGGAGCACAAUCCGCCGAUCGGUGACCAGGUCCAUCAUGACAUGAAUGCUCCGUUAUCGCAUUACUUCAUUCACACCAGCCUCAAAUCCUACUUUACCGGGAGCCAAUUCUUGGAGAGAUACAGCAAUGAGCCUAUCAUUGAUGCGCUUAAACAGGGUGUGAGGGUGGUUGAACUAGAUCUGAGGCCGUGUGGUAAAGACGGCAUCUGCGUUAGCGGUCAUCGCUGGAACUCGAAGAAUCCUCUGAAAUUGGAAACGUGUUUGGAUUCUAUUAAAGAUCAUGCCUUUACCCCCGGAAGAAGUUAUCCUGUGAUAAUUACUUUCAAGGACGGCUUGACACAGGAUCUUCAGUCCAAAGCUACUCAGAUGAUAAAUGAGAUAUUUGGUAAUAUGGUAUAUUACCAUGAUCCUCAUAGGUUAGGGGAGUUUCCUUCACCAUCAGACCUGCGUAAUAAAAUACUAAUAUCCAGAAGACCCCCAAAAGAGUUGUUAUUUGCCAAUGAUGAUGACCAAACGGUUGUCGUCCAGAAUGGGAAUGAGACACAGCAGGAAGCGGCAGAUCAGAAUUACCAGAGUCUUGUUGCCUUUCAUGCUGUGGAGCCAAGCGGCAUGCUACUACAAGCAUUAACAACAGACAAGGUGAUCCAACGGCCAGGAUGGUACGAGACAGAUGUUAUAAGCUUCACCCAAAAGAGAUUCUUGCGGACACGUCCAAAAAAAGGAAAAUUAAUUAUGAAUGCCCCCUAUAAACCCCAGAGAGCUUGGAUGCAUGGUGCUCAAAUGAUUGCACUAAGCAGGCAGGAGGACAAAGAAAAACUUUGGCUGAUGCAAGGGAUGUUUAGAGCGAAUGGAGGGUGCGGUUAUGUCAAGAAACCAGAUUUUCUUUUGAAUGCAAGUCCUGGUGGAGUUUUCUAUCCAACAGUAAAUCCUGAGGUGAAGAAGACGUUAAAGGUCAAAGUCUACAUGGGAGAUGGAUGGAGCAAGGACUUCAAGAAGCUUGGUCGACUGACUAAGCCAGAGUUAUAUGUUUUGAUCAGUAUUGCCGGUGUACCCCAUGAUGAGAAGAUUAAAAGAACGACGGUGAAGAGCAACGAAUGGCCGAUGUCAAAGAAAGAGAAAACAGAAAAAAAGAACAGAGAAUGGAUACCUACUUGGGGAGAAGAAUUCACAUUCCCUUUGACCUAUCCUGACCUUGCUUUGCUUAAUAUCCAAGUCUACGACCACGAAAUAGCUGCAGAUGGAUUUGGAGGUCAGACAUGUCUACCAGUUUCUGAACUAAAAGAAGGGAUUCGAGCUGUUCCACUUUAUGAUGAAAAAGGAGAGCGAUGCAGCUCGACAAUGCUGCUCAUGCGUUUCAGGUUCUCGACCAAUUAA